AUGGAUUUGAAGGCUGCAAGAGAGAAAAGAUUACUGCAAUUGGAUGAAUUGGAGGAGUUUCGGAAUGAGGCUUAUGAGAAUACCAAGAUUUACAAGGAGAGAACUAAAAAGUGGCAUGACCGAAGCUUAGUCAGGAAGGAGUUUCAACCUGGGCAAGAAGUCUUACUUUUCAAUUCAAGGUUGAAAUUGUUUCCUAGUAAGUUAAAGUCAAGGUGGUCGGGGCCAUUUAUAGUGGUCAAAGUGUUUCCUUAUGGAGCUGUGGAACUGAAAGGUGAAAGUCCCGAGACUUUCAAAGUUAAGGGGCAGCGGUUAAAGCUCUACUUGGGAGGUCAAUUUGACCAAGCCAAGUCUGCCAUGAUUCAAGCGCCACUAUGA